GCUUGGUGCAUUACGGUCCCAGCGGCCUCCGUAACUCCGCCCUCCGGGGAACGGGGCCUGGAACGUCAACUCCACCCUCAUCAGCAUGAAGCCCCCGCAACGGCGGCGAGUUGCCCCGGCGCGCUAUCUGGGCGAGGUGGUUCGCACUGCGGUCUGGAGCGCCCGCGAGAAGCGGCAGCUGCUCCGACUGCUGCAGACGCGGCGUGGCCAGCGGGAGCCGGACGCCGCCGAACUGGCCGGAGAGCUGCCAGGCCGGAGCGAGGCCGAGAUUCGGGAUUUCCUCCAGCAGCUCAAGGGCCGUGUGGCCCGGGAAGCCAUUCAGAGGGUACAUUCAGGUGGCCCAAAGGGUCAAAGGCAACUGGAAACACAGAUCCCGGCCCCCAUCGAGGUUUGGAUGGAUCUGGCUGAGAAGAUAACAGGCCCUCUGGAGGAGACCCUGACCGCAGCAUUCUCGCAGGCACUCACCAUCGCGGCCGUGGAGCCCACCAGUCUCCUGCAGUCCAAGCCCCCAAAGCCCACGCAGGCACGUGGGAAACUGCUGCCCCUCAACACCCCUACUGGGCAGGAAAACCAGAGCCCUGAGGCCCCUGCCCCUGCCCCUGCGGCACCUUCUGAAUUGCCGGCCGGCCUCUCUGCUGACGGAGACCUAGUCAUAGACUUUGAGAAGAUCUACAAGUACCUGUCCUCCGUCUCCCACAGUUGCCGUGGCCCUGAGCUUUCUGCAGCUGAGUCAGCUGUGGUCCUUGACCUGCUCAUGGCACUUCCUGAGGAGCUGCCUCACCUGCCCUGUGCAGCCCUGGUUGAGCAUAUGAUGGAUACAUACCUACGCUUGAUGGCUCCCCAGUCUGACCCCAGCAGUGGGAGCUUGGAACCAGGGCCUGAGGACUGUGGGACUGGCUCUAGAAACCAAGAGGAGGCCAGCCAGGCCACCCCCCAGGCCCCUGAGAACGCCAGGCCUGACGAACCAAGAUCUGCCUGGGAAGCAGCUGGGGUCUGCCCCCUGAACCCAUUCCUGGUGCCCCUGGAGCUUCUGGGCCAGGUGGCCACCCCUGCAAAGUAAGGGGCCCAGUAGGCAGAGGACACACCACACAUUGUGAGUCCCUAGCCCCCGAUUCUGCUCGGGCUGGCACUGGGUGUGCAGGCAGUCUGGUCAUAGUGGAACGUCCCAGACUCAGUGCAGUGCCAAGUGGCCUUUAAGAUGAUCCAUGCAGCAGGGGCCUCAGAGAUGGAAGCCCAGUUGCACAGAAGUUCAGCCACAGACCGGAGGUGGGGGUAACCACAUGGCUGGGCUAAAAACCACCCCUGGCCUCUCCUGACUUCCUGCAUCCUGUAGCCUAUGUCCUGUAACUCUGGGGUCCCCAACGCCAGGGCCUCACGCCCGUGUUGGCCUGUGGCCUGUUAGGAACCUCGCCACACAGCAGGGGGCACCCCACUGAAGCCUGGAAGCUUUGCUCCCAUUCGCUUGCCUCCUGAGCUCCCCCUCCUGUCUUUCUGUCCUCGUAGGGGGAAUUUCCUUCCAUAGAACUGGUCCCUGGUGCUAGGACCGUUGCUCUAACUGAAUA